AAAUUUUAUCAUUAAAGCAAAGUACUUUGAGAGAGAGGCUAGUGGACAACUUUUUUCAAAGAGUAGUGGACAACUUUGGAAGACAGGCACUAAUGACGCUUACAGAACUUAAAAAAGUUUAUGCCGUGGAAGCUCAAGAUGAGGAACAAAGAUAUAUUGCUGCAUCCCGUGCUCCCAUUCUUAAGGCCAUGACCUUACUAGCUAAAUCACAGACAGCUUAUGGAUAA